GCAGAAGCUUAGCGAAGGACACUUCCAGAAGCCAUUGGAACCAGACUCGAAACAAGUAGUAUAGUUAGACGGCAUGUAUACGUACAGUAGAAGAUAUAGAGAAAGAAAGACUGUGAAGGCUGAUAGAGAAUGUCAGGGAAGGAGAAACCAAGAACAAUCAAGCUGCUGUGUCCUUCGCUGAGGAAGAUUGUAGAAUUGGAGGUAUGGGAUGAGCAGAGGCUGGACCUGGGGUUCAUAGCUAAGGUUUUUGGGCUCGUCCCAUCAACGUUGAAGCUGAAUGGACACUUUAUUAGCCGAGGCGUCGACCUUGUGUCGUCCUCUGUGACUUGGAGCUCACUGCUCUCUUUCUUCUCUGCCAAGGGCUUUUCUACUGGAAAAGACGACAAGGAUGCGCUUAUUGUCGAUGGAAAGCUCUGCAAAGCUGGGACUAAACGAGCGCAUGACAAUCGAAAUGUUGUCAAUGGGAUCCACUGUACAACUGAAUUGAAAGAUCUCUGCAUUAAUAGUAGCCUGCAGACAGAUAAUGGCUUGCACAUAAAUAAAAAGCUGAGGGAAAGUGGCUCAGUAUGUGAGGAAGGUCAUCUAGCGUCUGAGUACGACGGUCCUGGUUUCAAGAGGAAGCAAUUGUUCGAAGAUGCAAGCUUGCUCAAAAAGUUAAAGAUCCAUGAAACCAACUCAGAUAUUCAAGGAAUAGGGAAUAACCAGAGUGACACUAUCUGGAGCACAUGUUCUACAUCCAGCUACGUGAACGGCAAUUUGAAACGGAUGAGAGAAAAGGAUGUGAUUGUGGCUGCUCCUUGCAAAAAGAUCAGAUGAGCCUUCCACCGAUUUUUUUUUUCUUAUCAGUUAUAGAGAGGAAAAAGUCAUUUACUUUCUUUGUUUCGCACAUUUUGGCAACACCGUGUCACACAGAUGAGAAAUUUUCGUCGCAAUUUACAGACUUUCAUGUAAAUUAAAUCUUGUAAUAUAGUUUUACCGACUUUCAUGAGAAUCUGUACAAAGAAAACACAUGGCCUUGUUGUCCAAUUUUGUAUCCUUAGCAUACAAAAAUAAAGACUGGGUGAGUGAUUUUCAGU